AUGUCCCUUUUCAACAAACCUAAGAGAAAAAUUCAAGCCAGGAGGAAGAUGUCUGAUGAAGAAACUGAAGAUGACAAUGUUGCCACUAUAGGAGAUAUCAAGGAGUUGCAACGAUCUCGGGGAAAAAAGAACGGUCUCACGGAGAUCGAAUGUGCUCUUGGCAAGCAAAAAGCAGCUCAUCUGUUGGAUGGUAUACAAAUUGCUGGUGGUUCAAUGGCUAUGACAGAGAAACAAAAAGCUCGUUUGGAGGCUGCUGAUAUCGAGGCCGGGAUAAGAGAACAGUUCGAGAAAGAAACUCUCCUGCGUGAUGAGCAUGAAGAGUUACGAAAAUACAUCGAUAAUGGACUAGCUAAGUUGAAAGGGGAAGAUCUCAAUUCUCAAGAUGACGACUCUAAUCAAGGAGAUGAUGUUUUAGCCCGGGCGGCUAGUAAAUUGAAAUCUUAUCGCAGUGAAACUGCUACUGAGCUACUCUCAGAACACAUGUUGGCUGGAAUUCCGGAAGUUGACUUAGGAAUCAACGCCCGGAUAACAAACAUUCUGGAAACAGAGAAAAAAAAGAAAGAACUGAUCGAGUACCAAUUAACAGGAAAGAGACCUGCUCAAGAUCCACCCACCAAAAAACCUCGUCGUUAA